GUCUCCUAUUGGCCGAUGUUCUGUAGUAUAGUAAUUACAAUAAUUGAGGAGAAUAUCAGUUGUAAUAAUUGAAUUACACCGGUAUCCGGUAAGAUUUAGGGAAUAAAGAGAAGUUAGUGAAACUCCACAGCAGAAUCGUGUUUCCUUUAAAGAUGAGAUUGAUAGGCCUAACCUGCUUAUUGUUUCUAUGUGGCGUGGCUCUAGUCAAAUGUAAUGACGGUGAAGCAUCGGUGGAAGUAGAUGACUCUGAUGAGGCCGAAGCAGUUGUUGAGACGGUUGAUGAUGUUGACUAUGUGACCCCAACUUUACCUCCCGGCUCUUCUGUCUACAUGGCGGAGCAUUUUGAUGACCCGGCAAGUUUCAACAGGAAGUGGGUCAAGUCAGAAGCCAAGAAAGAAGGAAUUGAUGAAGACAUUGCGAAGUACGAUGGUGUGUGGCAGAUUGAACCGGCAGAGCGAGACCCGUUGAAAGGUGAUCUGGGAUUGGUGCUGAAGUCUAAGGCCAAACACUCAGCGAUCUCUGCCAAGCUGGACCGACCCUUUGUGUUCCGAGACAAGCCUCUUAUCGUCCAGUACGAGGUGAUCCAUCAGAACGGCCAAGAGUGCGGCGGAGCCUAUCUCAAACUGUUGAGUGAAGACAAGCAGUCGGCCGACCUGCGCAAGCUGCAUGACAAGACACCCUACACUAUCAUGUUCGGUCCAGACAAGUGCGGGAAUGACUACAAGCUACAUUUCAUCUUCCGUCACAAGAAUCCAGUGAACGGAACACUAACGGAGAAGCACUGCAAGAAACCAAAGGAGCGACUUGAUGAGCCUUUUACAGACAAAACUCCCCAUCUGUACACUCUAAUAGUGAAGCCAGACAACUCCUUCCAAGUCCUCUUGGAUCAUAAGGUAGUAAAUGAAGGCAGUCUUUUGGAAGACUUCACUCCCCCAGUGAACCCGCCACAGGAGAUUGACGAUCCUAACGAUGUCAAACCCAAGGACUGGGACGAGAGGGAGAAGAUCCCUGAUGCAGAAGCUCGUAAACCGGAAGACUGGGAUGAGGACGCACCUCAGUUCAUCCCGGAUCCCAGUGCCAGCAAGCCUGAUGGGUGGCUAGACGACGAACCUGAGAAUAUACCUGAUCCUACUGCUGAGAAACCCUCUGACUGGGAUGAGGAGAUGGACGGAGAGUGGGAGGCGCCGCUGGUGCCAAACCCCGCGUGUGAGGAGGCUCCAGGCUGUGGCGAGUGGAAGGCUCCAGACAUCGUUAAUCCGGAGUUCAAAGGCAAGUGGCGAGCUCCGAUGAUUGACAACCCCAACUACCAGGGCAAGUGGAGUCCUCGUCGCAUCCCCAACCCUGACUACUUCGAGGACAAACAUCCGUACAAGAUGACAACGAUCUUUGCUGUCGGCUUUGAGCUGUGGACGAUGUCCAACCAGAUCUUGUUUGACAACGUCCUCAUUACUGAUGAUCCUGCAGUCGCAACUAACUGGGCAGCGCAGACGUUCGAUCUCAAGAGGAGGAAGAUCGAGAAAGAAGCGGAGUCUGUGGUAACAGCUUUCUUCCGCUACACUAACGAGCACCCCUGGCUGUGGGCCGUUUACGUUGUCGUCAUUGGUCUGCCCAUCGUACUGGUCGUCUUCUUGUGUUGUAGUGGAUCGUCCUCACAGGAAAAAGAAGAAAUCGCCAGAAGAGCUGAGGCGAAAAAAACCGAUGCGCUUCUUCCGGAUGACGAAAUGGAAGAAAUGGUAGAUGAGACAGAAGGCAAGGAGGAGGAUACCGCAGAAACUACUCAAGAAAGUAAAAAGGGUGGAGGUUCUCAGAAAAGCAACGAUUCUGAAGAGGAGGUUGUAGAAGAACCGUCGGGUGGCAGUGGUGACGCACCUCCCUCACCUCGCAAACGUAGGCCGAGGAAAGACUGAUAGGCAAUCUCAACCAGUUAGAAGUCCUGCCUUACAUUUUCGGUUUAGUUUCUAUAUUUUAUUAAUUUGUGUGUUGAAAACCUGAGAUUAUUUCAAAGAUUUAAUCGCAAAAUCUUAACAAAAGUUUUCUUGUAUUUUUUAUGUUGUUAAAGUUUCAUUUCUUCAGUUAUCUAUUUAUUUUAUUUUAUUUUUUGGUUGAAAGAAACAUUGCAACCAAAUUUAUUUAUUGUUGGUUAUUGAGCUUGUUCACCAACAAGACUGUUUGUUCAAUGAUAUUAAGAGUGGACCAUAGUAAGAGAUUUGUUAAUUGUGAAAAUGUAUGUAACCGUGGUUGGACGUUGGCUUUUGUUACGUUUGCUAUCACUUUUCAAAGUCAACACCGUUUAAGCUUUAUCGUAAGGUGAUCAAAACGUGACGGAGUUAUUAACUAGUGAAACAAUCGAAAGUAUUUUACACAUAUAUUUGGCAAAUUCGUAACAUGUGUAUCGGUGUGUGUUUUUGUAGUUUUACUUUAGUGAUACCAUUUUUAUACGUUUUAAGUUAGGUUAGACAAGAGUUAUGUUUGUAACUACAUUAUCAAAGUAAUAUAUAUAAAAAAUAAUUUAUCACAUAUGAUUUAUUUAUGGCUCUGGAGCCUGUAAAAGCUUUGUUGAUUUAAAAGAUCACUUGAAUGUUUUAAAACUUCUAAAAUAAAUUUACAGAUUAAAAUUUCUUUCGUCAAAAUAAUUGUUAAAUCUUUACUUGAUACGUUUAUCUAACGGUACAUCAUUUCUGUAACAAAAAGUAUUUACUCCUGAAUUCUCAAAAGUGACUGAAUUUUUAAAUUUGAUUGAUCUAGUCAGGCCUAGGGCAGUUUCUAGGUUAAGUUAGCAAUACAAAAUAUUCACCCUUCCCAUCUCCAUCAAUGACAUUCUAUUGUAAAUAAGUUAUCAUUUUUCCACCUAUUACCAAAGGUAGUGUUAGUCGUAAAAUCACUGUGGUUGAAUAUAUUGUAAAGUUCAUAAAACUGUUUAUGUCAGUUUGGUGAUGUUCGGCUAAAUUUGAUAUGCAUUGCAUCGAAAACGAGAUGACCUGCCUUACCGUGUUUUCAGUAGAAUUAUGUGUUGAAAUUUCUGUUUAUUUCAGUUUGUAAUAAAUAAAUUUAUUAUGAAAA